GGACAGAGUCUCUGGCGCACACGCCUCCUACCCAAAUCACAGCCCCAUGCAGCCCGGGCUCUCAUUCACAGCUUUCUAGAGAAAUCUGAGCUCCAACUGCCAGGAUAGGCGAUCUCACCCACCCAGUUCAGCCGCGAGGACACCUGCGGAAACACAUUCUCAAAGCAAGCCUGGGCGGCGGUGUGAAGUAAGCAAUGGCCUCGGUUUUCCUUCUCUUUUGGAUGUCUACCAGCACGUAGGGCCUGAAUGUCCUGCUGUUUUCCAAGAGCAGAAGGAAGACUCUGCAACUGUCUGUUUUGGGGGCAGUCUUGUAGGAGAACCGUUGAAUGGGCCACGGAUUCAGCACCCUUUCAUGUGAAUGGGACCAGUUUCUGUUCCUCCCAAACCUCAGAGCUUAAGCACUUGGGAAGGAGACUGGGUCAAGAUGACGCAUUUGCAGGCUGGGCUUAGCGCAGACACUAUAGAGAAAGCCCGCUUGGAACUGAAUGAGAACCCCGACGUUUUACAUCAGGACAUUCAGCAGGUCAGAGACAUGAUCAUCACCAGGCCGGACAUUGGGUUUUUACGUACAGAUGAUGCCUUCAUCCUGCGAUUUCUCCGAGCCAGGAAGUUUCACCAAGCCGAUGCCUUCAGACUCCUGGCCCAGUACUUUCAGUACCGCCAGCUAAACCUGGACAUGUUCAAAAACUUCAAGGCAGACGAUCCCGGGAUUAAGAGGGCUUUGAUCGACGGGUUCCCUGGAGUGCUGGAAAAUCGAGACCACUACGGCAGGAAGAUUCUGCUGCUGUUUGCUGCCAAUUGGGAUCAGAGUAGAAACUCCUUCACAGACAUCCUCCGUGCCAUUCUUCUGUCCUUGGAAGUGCUCAUUGAAGAUCCUGAGCUUCAGAUAAAUGGUUUCAUCUUAAUUAUAGACUGGAGUAAUUUUUCCUUCAAACAAGCCUCCAAACUGACACCUUCUAUCCUUAAACUGGCCAUCGAAGGGCUGCAGGACAGCUUUCCUGCCCGCUUUGGAGGAGUCCAUUUUGUCAACCAGCCCUGGUACAUCCAUGCCCUGUACACGCUCAUCAAGCCAUUCCUUAAAGACAAGACAAGGAAACGGAUUUUCUUACAUGGAAACAAUUUAAACAGCCUUCACCAGCUAAUCCACCCUGAGUUUCUGCCGUCUGAAUUUGGAGGAACCCUUCCCCCUUAUGACAUGGGGACGUGGGCCCGGACGUUACUUGGUCCUGACUACAGCGAUGAAAAUGACUAUACCCACACCUCCUAUAAUGCCAUGCAUGUGAAACACACCUGCUCCAACCUGGAGAGAGAAUGUUCACCCAAGCCCAUGAAAAGAUCUCAGUCUGUGGUAGAAGCUGGGACCUUGAAACAUGAAGAGAAGGGAGAGAAUGAGAACACUCAGCCCUUGCUGGCUCUGGACUGAGCCAACAUCACGUGACGUCCCCAUGGCGCACAAGCCUUCACGGGAGCAGCCUCCCGGGAAGCCUGUGCAGCUGACCUGCAGCCACCUGUGCUCUGCUCUGCUCGCCAGAAGCUCCUCCACUCCACCCCAGCCGUGACUGGCAGCAGCCAUCGGCCUGAGCGGCCCACACCGGACAAAGAUUUGAGAGACACUUUUAGAAUUCAAUUUAACUAAUUAAUUUAUGUUUUACUGUGAGGGGUUGGGGAAAUGAAGACAGGCAUUGUGUAGAAAGGAUUCUCCCUCCCCUCAUAUUUAUGGCAGCAGAUGUACUUAGAAAAGGGAAAAAUACUAAAUUUGCUGCAUAUACAUUAGGACAAGAAUUGCUCUAAGGAUUUCACACAGGAACCCUCUCCAGGUUUUGAAAAUUAAGAUGAACUUCAUUUCCAAAUAAAUACAACAGAGUGAAACUGUGCAGACACACUGUCAAGUUUAAUGUAGUGCAGAACCCCAAGACAAUAGUAGCUACAAUAAUUUUCAGUUUUAUUGACUUGUUUUCUGACCUCAUCACCAGCAUCUAAGUUUUCAGCCUAAGAGUGUGAUCUCACAGGUCUGGCUAUUUGCGGUUUUUAAUUUAAAUAUCCUGCAAGAAUGAUUUUGACAUCGCCUUGUUUGUGAGGCCACAUGAACUGGAUAUUAAGAAUGUGCAGGCAGUUUAAAAAAACGGCUGCUUCAUCUUAGCAAAGUGAUUCCCUGUAGGCAUCUGGAGGAAUGUCUACA